AUGUCAUCUAUUUUGGAAAGACCUCAACUCGCCUCACGGGGUGCCCGACCCGAAGAUGGAGUUAGUGAUAUGACAAUUAUCAGUGAUAUUGAUGAGAAAGGAAUCAACAUCAAUUUGCGAACUCGUUAUAAAAAGGACCAGAUUUAUACUUACACAGGGUCCAUUCUUGUGGCAGUAAAUCCUUACAAAGAAUUACCAAUAUAUGAACAGAAGGAUGUGUCCGAGUUCCAUGGGAAGAAGAUGAGCAUGGUGGAGCCUCACAUUUUCUCUAUCAGUGAGGCAGCCUUUCAGAGUCUUCGUACUACAGAAGUGAACCAGUCCUGUAUUAUCAGUGGAGAGAGUGGGGCAGGAAAGACGGAGAGUACAAAAUUUAUCCUGCAGUACUUGUGUAGUGUAACCAAUCAUGUGUCUUUUUGGGUGGAACAGCAAAUUCUGGAGGCCAAUACCGUCCUUGAAGCCUUUGGUAAUGCCAAAACAGUGCGAAACGACAACUCCAGUAGAUUUGGAAAAUUUAUGCAAGUGUGUUUUGAUGAUUCGUGCCAAAUAAAGGGUUGUAUAGUACAGGAUUAUUUGUUAGAACAGUCCCGCAUCACAUUCCAGUCACCAAAUGAACGUAAUUAUCAUGUUUUUUAUCAAUUUAUCGCGGCUGCUCAGGCGGCUCCAGAUCUUAAGGAACAGUUCCACAUACAACCGGUGGAAAGUUAUGCCUACCUCAAUCAAAGUGGCUGCUAUGUACUCAAUGGUGUCAAUGACUUGACCAUGUUUGACCGCCUACGACUGGCCAUGAACGUUCUCAACAUUCCCCAACAAAUGUCCGACGGAAUAUUCUCGGUGCUAUCUUCCAUUCUGCUGCUGGGUAAUCUGCGGUUUGGGGAUGUGGUGGAGGGUGAAGGGAGUGAAGUGUUGGAGGAGGACGCAGGUGUCCUCACCACUAUAUGUGGCAUGUUAGGCUUUGUACCUGAAGAUCUCACCAAAGCUCUACUCUUCAGGCAGAUCCAAGUCCGGGGAACUGUAACCAGUAUACCCUUCAGGUUCCAGGAGGCAAGUGAAAACCGUCAUGCCAUGGCCAAGGCCCUAUACUCUCGUACUUUUGCUUGGCUAGUGGAUGCCAUCAACAAGUGCACCAAUCCAGGCCAACACCAGACCAAGUUCCUUGGUGUUCUUGACAUCUUUGGUUUUGAAAAUUUUCAGACAAACAGCUUUGAACAGCUCUGCAUCAACUAUACAAAUGAAAAGCUCCAUAGAUUCUUCAAUCACUAUGUAUUCGCCUUGGAACAAGAACUGUACAAUGAAGAGGAAAUAUCUUUUGCACAUAUUACCUUUACUGAUAACACUGAGUGUGUGGAACUCCUGGAGAAACCUCCAAGGUGUAUACUGAAGAUUUUGGAUGAAGAAUGUCGAUUUCCUCAGGGUACAGACAAGUCUUACCUGUUGAAGCAGCAUGAGGCCUUUGAGAAUCAUUCCUGUUAUAUAAAGGGUAAAGACAGGCGGACUUGGGAAGUGGAGUUUGGAGUACGACACUACGCAGGCGUGGUGAGGUAUCGUGCCCAGGGCUUCCUUGACAAGAACAAGGACACACAGCAAGACCAGUUGUUUGAACUCAUGUACAACUCAAACAAUGCUUUUGUAGAGGAUCUCACCAGAUUUCAGGAUCUGCUGGGAGUCAGACUUGAAGAUCUUGGAGGUAGACAGACAAUAUCACGCACAUCACGAGGAAAACCAACUGUUGGGGACACAUUCAAACAUCAGUUAUCUGCCCUUGUGGACAUUUUGCAUCUCACUAACCCAUGGUAUGUGAGAUGCCUGAAGCCAAACGCUGGUAAAAAGCCUGAUAACUAUGUAGAUGAAGAAGUUCUAACACAGCUCAGCUACUCUGGCAUGUUGGACAUCAUCCGCAUCAAGAGGGAGGGAUAUCCAGUCCAUGUUCCAGUGGAGACAUUUUUAGAGAAGUAUGGAUGUUUGCUGAAAAAACAGGCUAAUCCUGAGGACCCUCGUAUUCAGGUCAAGAACAUCCUGAAUGUACUGAAUCUCCCUAGCACUGAGUGGCAGGUUGGGAAGUCACAGGUAUUCAUGAGGAAUUCUGUAUUUGAGCCUCUGGAGGAGAGAAGGUUCCACUUCUUACAGCUUAAUGCAUUACUUAUCCAGACAGUGUGGAGGGGAUAUGUCUGUCGUCGGGAUUACCUACGAAAGAGAGAAGCUGUCUUGAUACUUCAAACAAACUUCAAGUGUUUCCGCUACAGAAUAGCUUUCCAGAGGAAGAGGCGGGCUAUCAUUUGUAUACAGAAAUAUGUUCGAGGAAUGUUCGCCCGAAAGCUUGCAAAAGACUUGAAGGAAAAGAAACGAAUUGAAGAAGAGCGGAAACGACAGAAGCGACUUGAAGAGGAGAGAUUGGCUCGUGAAAAAGAGGAAGCAGACAAAGAAGCCAUUGAACAAUCACUCAAAGCCUCCCAGUCGGAGUUGGACUCAUUGACCAGCCUGAUCGGGUCUAUGUGGACACACUUUAACCCGCCAGUGUCCCCAACCAAUCUUAACCUUGAUGAUAUGUUCAGCUUCCUUCAGGAGGAAAAAAGCGAGAACAGCAAAGAUACAAAAGGUUCUACUCAACAAGCCCUAGAUAAAAUCAACGAAGAGUUUGAGCUCCUCAACGACUUAUUAACAGAGGACAUGGAGAAGGCAGAGGAAGAUACAAGCAAACAGGAGACAGAUAUCCUAGAAGAUUUAGACCGCAUUGUUAAUGGUCAUGAUCUUCCCCCACCUCCACCAGAGAUGCAAGAGUCUAUCUAUGAAGAGCUACCCCUUCCACCACCUGACGACCUACCACCUCCACCAGCCAUGACAGACUCUGUGGGCCAUGUUAUUCCUCCCCCUCCACCUGGCCCAGCACCUGCCCCUCCCUGCAGAACAUCUUCUCGCAGUUCCACAGGUCCCAUAUCUCCCCGCUCACUUCCCCCAGAAAUAAGCAUCCCACCGCCACCCCCACUGGAGGAUGACUAUGUACCUGCCCCUCCUCCACCACCGCCCCCUAUGCCAUCAGUAGGAGGUCCUCCACCCCCUCCUCCUCCUCCAAACAUUGGUCCUCCUUGCCCACCCCCCUCAUUACCCUUGCAGACAUCAACACGCCCUCCUUCAUCAUUAUCCAUUGCUACUCCCACUUCAGAAACAUUUGAGUCCCUAUCCUCAUAUGACGACAACAUGUCAGAAAUCCUUGAAAUGCAAAAUGUUUUAUCACAAUUUGAAAAAGGUGUUGAUACACCUCCGACCAAGCGCCCACCAAUAUUGCCCCCACCUCCAACCAUUCCAGCCCCACCUCCACCACCAGAGGCAGUAACAGCAAGAGUGACCAAGCGCCCACCAUCUAUAGACCUCAAGACUGGUCGCAGGUCAUCAGAACUUCCACCAACAUAUGUAGAGGUCUUGUCACCCACAACAGAGCGAAAACUUCAUCGUAUGUUGUCAGACAAGUCAGAUGAUGGUGGUAUACCAUCACAACAUCCACAACAAAGAGUGCCACCUAUUGCCAGGCAAUUACCAAAUGGGGAGAUAACUCCAACCACUCCAGUGCGAGAAAAUGGCUUCUUAUCAGAGGAUUACUACUAUGAUAUUCAGGAAUUUGCCAAUAAAUAUUUCAAUGACCAUCCGAAGGAUGUAGGGGGUACCAUCAUGAAAAGUCUGCGAAAGAAAAGACAUUCAGCUGAAGACCUGGUGAGUAAGGAGGAGAUGCUUACCUUCAGUAAAACAGGUGUGAUUCCCACAUCACAUGUCCACCUCCAUGACCCAGAAAACACCCACCAAGCCUGUAUGAUCUUCAAGGAUAUCACAGAAUACAUCAAGGAUGAGAUCAAGGACAACAAUGCACUGUCUGUUGUGCAGAAUGUGAUCAAGGCUGGUCUAGAGAGGAUAGAACUCCGGGACGAAAUACUCUGUCAGAUCAUCAGACAGAUAAACCAGAAUCCAGACAGAGGCUGGCUCGUACAAGCUUGGGUGUUACUGUGUCUGAGUACUGCUGCCUUUUCGCCAAGUAAAACCCUUCACAAGUACAUCCUGUGUUAUGUGAAGAGGAGUUGUAGUGACAGUAUGGUCGGAAAGUUUGCUCUCCAAUGUCACAGACAUCUGACCGUGCCCCGAGCCAUGGCUCGCAAGUUCCCACCUUCAACAGCAGAAAUCAUGAGUGUACAGAACCUGAGUCCCUUGGUAUGUAAAGUGUAUUUUAUGGAUGGCAAGACGAAGGGCAUCACUAUCAUGCCAUGUGACACGACUCUGGAGGUGUUAGAUAAUGUGGCAAGGAAGAUAGGUUUACGUGCUGUGGAGGGUUGGGCUCUGUAUGAGGUAACUAGUGACUAUGAAAGGUACAUCAAGGGAUAUGAGUAUGUAGCAGAUGUUCUAGCUCAGUGGGAAAUCCAUGAAAGGAUGUCCUCCAUUCCUAAGAAAUACGAAACUGUAUCAAAGAAAGGCCCAAAAAUGGCAAUAGGGGGCUCUGAUGCAAGGCUGGUAUUUCGCAAACGUGUAUACAAACACAUCCAUGACAUUCCAAAUGACCCUGUGGAGUACCGCCUGCUGUAUGCUGAGGCUGUCAACAAAGUGAUACGAGAUGAGUUUCCAGUGUCAGACAAAGUGGCAUUGCAACUGGCAGGCCUCCAGGCUCAGGUGGUUUGUGGGGAAUAUGAGGAAGGCAAGGACUCCAGGUAUGUGGAAGUAGAGCAGUACCUUUGUGAGAGAAUCCUUAACUUACCAGGGCGUGACUGGUGUGAAGAAGUGGCCUCUGCCCACAGGCACUUUGGACGUGGUAAGACCGAGUUGGAAGCUCAAGUAUGGUACAUCACCUGUGUCAAACAGUUUCCACUCUAUGGCUGUACACUGUUCCCCAUUGUACAUAAAGGUCUCUGGUCACACACCAGUGAUUCCAUCCUUGCUAUCAACAUGGACGGCAUCAAGUUUGUCAAGGCCAGGGAUAAAUCUGUAAUUCACGCAUUCACAUACUCAGACAUUGAAACCAUCACCAUUGACCCCAAUGAUAAUUAUAUAACAUUAGAACUAAAGAGUUCUAUCGAGGGAGAUUGUCAACAAAGAUGUUUUGUAUUUGAGACUAAUCAAAAAGAAGACAUAGGUCAUCUGAUAGCAAGCUAUUCUCCAAACCAUGCAUCCUGGCUGAAACCUGAGUAUGAGAGCUUAAAGAGGUCGAAGUUGACAGAUGAGGAGAAGCUGAAGCUGUACGAGGAGCUGGUGCGGUGUAGGCGCCAACUCUUUGACAGCCGACUCUUACAUCGUCCUGCACAGUCAGGUAACACUGGCUUCCUCAGACAGUCCAUCAGAAAGCUGACCAAGUCUAAGCUGGACCGACUGAGGAGCUCCUCCAUGUCAAAUCACUUUGAUGUGAGCUAUUGGUCUUACAAUAAGACAGCUCCAAAACAGGCACUCACUGUAAUUGCUGACCCAGCCAUAGAGGAGCUUGCCAUCAAGAUGUUCAACUCGAUCCUCAUCUUCUCUGGCCUGGAGGAGACAGAAAAAGAAGAAAAGCCAGAUUAUUAUGGGAUGGUUCAGAGGUUGAUGCAGAAAUGCCUAGAAAAUGACCAGUUAUGUAAUGAAUUUUUCCUGCAGCUUGUAAAACAGACUACAGAUCAUCCAGGCAAAGGGUAUGAUCCUUACAAAGUUGUCACCCGUCUUGGUAAGGCUAAGUCCUCACUGAUAGCUAUGGCUACAGGAUACUGCGCUUUUGGAAAUAUAUCUUCCAGCCAGCACAAGGUUGGAAACUUGUGCGAACAUUAUCCAAACAGUCAGGUGAAUCGGAGAAACUGGCAACUGAUGGCUGUCACUGUAAGUACAGUGUUCCCUACCAAUAAUCGUGUGCAGAAGUAUGUGCAGUGUCAUCUACGCAAGUGUUCCUUGGACUCGACCACAGAUGAGGGGCGUUUUGCCAGGUUCUGUCAUAAGUGUUUGACCAGGACUACAGAGAAGAAGAGGAGAAAGUUCCCUCCCUCUAGAAAGGAGAUACAGUCUCUAACAGAGAGGCGACCAGUUCAUGAAAGAGUGUACUUUAUGAAUGGGGAGCACCGAAGUGUAGAAUUUGAUUCUGCUUCAACAUGUAGUGAGCUGAUAAAAGUAGUCAAAGCCAAAAUAGGAAUGAGGUCGGAUGCUGAGUGCUUCUCACUCUACGAAUAUGUGGGAGGUUCUGAAAGGAACAUGUAUCCUGAGGAACGACUUUCUGACAUGCUCAGUAAGUGGGAGAGGUUGGCCCACAGCACCAACAUCAGAGAUUUCCGGAUUGUGUUUAAGAAACGUCUGUUCAUCGACCCAUACAUCAACCCACUGGAUCCUGUUGAGUGUGACCUUGUCUUCCACCAGCUUAUAGAGGACAUGUUUGAACACAGACUUCCACUCUCCUCUAAAGAUGCUGUCCAGCUAUGUGCCUUAAAGAUUCAAUCUGAGAUGGAUGACAUGAAAUGUGCUGAAAUUGACUACAGUUCGGUGAUCCGUAUCCUACCACGAGACAUGCGCACAGAGGUGAAGGUUGAGGACAUAGCAGUGGCCCACAAGGCAGUAAUGAACAUGACACCUGGCCAAGCCAUGCUCGCUUUCAUUGAGCUGCUCAAGUCCUGGCCACUGUUUGGGGCCACCAUCUUCCAAGUAUUCCAAAAUUACACCUCAUCGUUACCCAAGAACAUGCUGCUGGCAAUCCAUCAACGAGGAAUCCAUAUAUUAGAGAUCAUCAGUUUUAAACUGAUUGCCUCAUACGAGUUCUCAGAAGUAGUCCAUUCUAGUCCUUCAAUGAAGAGCAUCAUGAUCAUAGUUGGCCAUGUUGCCAAGGGCAACAAAUUCAUGUUCAGUACAAAUCAGGCGUUUGAAAUUGCUCAUCUCAUUAAGGACUAUAUUGAGGAACUACAGGCAAGGUUUCUUAUCUUACCUCGAAGACAAGAGAACACACUUCAUGACAUGAAUAGGAUGUCAGCUGUCUUCUUUGAUGACUCACCUACACAGAUCAUACAAACUCUUGUGUGAUGGAUCAUUUACAAAUCAUACAAGCUCUUGUUGGAUAGAAUCAUUAACACAGAUGAUGACAGAUCAUACAAACUCUUGUAUGAUAGGAUCAUUAACACAGAUGAUGACAGAUCAUACAAACUCUUGUAUGAUAGGAUCAUUAACACAGAUGAUGACAGAUUAUACAAGCACUUGUAAGACAGGAUCAGUUAUACUGAUCUUGUAUAUUGUUUGGAAGGAUUUCCUAUGUAGAUCUUGCAGACUUGUUUACUUGGUGUUUCUAGGAUUUACCAACAAAAGUAGGAAGAACUGUAUAAUAUCAAGGAUCAAUCUCUUUUAUGAUAGAAAGGGACCUGAUACAACAUGAUAGAAUUGUAAAGCAAAUGUUGAGCUCAUACGCAAUGUUUUGUGUGUAAACAAGGCUGUCAGAUUCUGUACAUAUUAUCAUACAGACUCUUGUGUGAUAUAAAGAAACAUAGGAGAGUUUCAUAAGGAUUGAAAGAAAUCUUGUAUGUAUGUUUAGACUAAAAGAGGAGGAGAGUAAAAUCUCUAUUCAGACAGAUCAUGGGUGAUAAAAUGUGCAAUAGUUAGACUUAAUGGCAGAAUCUCUGUUUGUGAUAGGAAGAUCUGGGAAAACGAUCUGCUGUUUAUCCAGAAUGUGUGUGAUAUAAUGUAGAUGAUUCAAGGAACAUUUUCUAAGAGAAGUGUCCUGUAAACUCCUCUGCUGAGAGAAGAACGUGUUUAUGGAUAUACUGGUAGAAUGCCCACAGGUGGGCCAGAGUGCUGCGUCUGAAGUUUUGUGAUAUAUGUGGAGCAGGGAACAACGGAUAUGCAAUGACACUGUGUUACUCCUGUCUUAUGCAAUAUGUAAAGGCACGCCCACCUAAAAUGUUACCAUUUGCCUCCAUAUAGCGGUUGUAGUGUCCAGUACAUAGUCGUAUGUGAAAUAUAUAUCUGGUGAAUCAAGCCUACUGUAUUGUAGUGUUAGUACAGAAAUAAACUAUCCCAAACCUAAUGAUACAAGUAGCAAAACAAUUCAACCCUGCCAAAUUUUAUUUCAGUAGAAGAAUACUUAGGAAAUCAUAUUAAAUCUUACUUGCAUAGGUCAUAAUAUACAACAUGUUGUAAUAAGCAUAAUAUCAAAGUUUUACAUAAAUCUUAAACUAUUAUUAUUAUUCAAAUGAAAGGAAUAGUAGAUAUGUGCUUAAUGUUAAUUUUAUUUCUCAAUUUUCCUAAAUACAAGUAUAAUCAAAUUGCUCAUAUUAAAUGUUCUGUCAGUUUACCAGGAGGUGGGAUGCUUUAAGAUGUACUUCAAAAUCAAAAUAUCAAAUCUAUUUUAUGACUAAAUAUAUGUAUUCUUUCACAAAUGUGAGAAAAAUGGCAGGAGAACAAAAUGUAAUUCAACAACAAAAUGGCAACCUUUAUAAACACAGCUGAUUUUGACGUCGUGUGGUGCUCUUAGGACCAGUAGGCUCUGUUGCCAUUGACCAGGCUAACGUGUCCCGAGAUAUUUUAUGAAACUAUUUACUGCAUAUGUACAUUUUAUAGUGUAAUCUUUUGCCAGUACUUACCUAGUCACUUUUUGUUUUUAUAAAAUUAUCUGUCUUGUCUACAGUUUGAUCAGCAAUACAAUUCAUAUUUUAGACUUAUUUAAAAAGAAUUCUUUUGUACAAUGUAUUCAUUUGCUUUGAAAUAAUUUCUGAAUUACUCAACAUAUGUGUCUUUCAUUGUAUAUUACUAACUUGUUUAUCAUAAUUGUGUGACACUGGAAGUUACCUUUGAUAAUCAGUGUAAAUCAAAGUUAUCUCCAUUAUCAAAAUUGCCAUAUACAUAUAUUGAUAUCCAGAGGCCACACCAGAUGGCGAAUAAUGUUUGACUAGUCAGCUAAAAUCGAGAUCAAAAAUACGAAAUUUCAUGUCGUCAUUGUUGAUCGUACAGUUAAAAUUUUCGUGUAGAUGUCUCACUUGAUUGGUUAUAACUGUAUACAUUGUUUCUUUGCGAAUAUUUUACUUUUGAUAAUAAUUUCAUACUAUGUUUUUAAUAUGUUGUAUGAAUUUUUCAACAUGGUGUGUUGAUAGUAAUUCUGUAUGUUGUGUAGAUUAUAUUUCCAACAAAAUACACUGUAUUUAUCUGAUAAAAAGCCUAUGCCCAGUAUUAAGCCAAGGAUCAGAAUACGUUUUUUGGGGAAUAUACUCAUCUGAAAAGGGAGAAGCAUUUUCUAGGCGGAGAAGAAAAUUCUUUGUAUUUAAUUUUGUUGCAAAUUGAAAAAGUGAAAUGUGCAUAAGUCCAAAUAUUUCUGUAUCAAUUGACAUAAUAUCAGUACUUCUAAGUAUUUCAAACAAAUUUCUCAUGAAAUACCAUUUGUAUCGGUCAAUUCAUAUUUUACACAGGAAAUCAUGUGUUAGGAAGUUGUGUUUCAAAAAGAGGUAAAUUUUAAAGUUAGGGAUUUUUUUUUGUGAAAUAUUAGAAGGGACUUUUACCAGUUAUCAGAAAAGAAGUUGGCCGCACUUUGUUCCUGGAAAUAUAACCAACCAAGGCUAUUUUUUAGGCUUUGAUAAGCCAUCCCCUGAUUUUUAAUUAGAAGAUGUAUGUUAACUUUUUGUAAGAUAAAUUUGGUGUGGUCAAUACAUUACUGUAUAUGUGUUGAUGACUUUUCAUGUGUUUCAUUGGCUGAGUGACAUUCCACCCCCAUGUAUAUGUGAAGGACUGGAUGAUGUACCAUAUAUAGACAAGAUCUGGUCCUCUGGUUCAGGAUGUAAAUACUGUUUAUGUGUGGAAGUUCUUGUAUUGAAAGGUAAUAAAAGAUAUCGCAGACAAAGAUAAUAGAAUGUAAGUGAAUGUAAGUGUUAAAGUGUUAACUGUAUAUGGAUAUCUGCCCAUUUUGUCACAGUUUGUAUGUGAGUAUACAUUGAGAUUUGUUGAAGCAGUUUCUUAGUGGAUGGCUUUCAAUAUUGGUAUAUAUGGAUCUGAGAAUUUUUAGAUUAUUUUCAUGCAAUUUUUAAUUUGCAGAAUCAUUAAUGAAUUCUCUAUCACAACAAUGUACUGUAUUCAUGAAAAUUUCUGUGAGUGAUAUUUGUACUUUACAUAUUUGAAUAAUACAGCAAAAUUUAGUUUAGACACAAAUUCAUUUGUAAGAGCGAUGCCAGGUACAUUGCUAGGUGUAUCAACUAAUCUAACUUGUCCAGAAUAUGACAAAGCUGUUUUAGUCACUGCAUUUGGUUAAUUAUCAGACCAGAUUUCAUUCUGUUUACAAGACUUGAUCAUCUGAUUGUGCAAUGUUGACACUUUAGGUGUCAUAUGAUAAUCAUUGGAAAGUUGUAAUAUACAUUAUGAUGUACAUUUUGUAAUAAGCAUAAUAUCAAAGUUUUGCACGAGUUUUGAAAGGGUUAUUAUUCAAAUGUCAGAAAUACUUAAUACAUAUGCUCACAAUGUUAGUUUAAUUUUCCUAUAUACAGGUACAAGCCAGAUUUCCAUGAUGAAGUUGUGGAAAAUAACACUGCUCAGAAGCUGCAGAAACUACUUGAUGCAUGUGAAUUCUGUUAAAAUCUGUUUUAAUGUAGAUCAAAGCUAACAGAUGUAAACUUUUUAACACAAUCAGAAACAAUAUUUGGUUUAGUGAUAUUUGUUUAGGAGUACCGAUAUCACAGAAUGCUGCUGAUUAGUGAACAAUCAUCUAAUUUUAUCAUUAAGGAAUCUAUGGAAUUUGUUUUGUUUCUUAAGAAAUAAAAGUGUGAUUGUUCAGUUAAUGAGAAUGGUCAAUCAAUGACAAGCAGAGUAGAAUUUGAUACUUCUGUACAUCAGCUAUUGUAUUUAAAUUGAAAUGUGCAAUAAUGUGACUCCUGCAUUUCUCAGCUGUAGGUUCAUAAUUCAAAGCAUAUAUAACUUUGAUCAAUAUACCUAUAUUUUAUAUCAAGAGUUAUCUCCCUGCACAAAAUUUAUUCAGCAUACUCUUCUUUGAUAACACAUUUUACGUGAGUUACCUGUUUAAAAUUAUUUUCUUUUUGUUGAUUUCAUAUAAUGAUCAAUUGAUUUUGUUUCGCAGUAAAUCAGCUGAAAUGCAGUUUUUGUUGAAUUCAUGAAAACAAGCUCAUUUCAUUCCCUCUACAAGAAGAACCACACAAGUAUUCAGUCCCUAAAUUUCGAUAUUCCUUGUCAGCUGUUGUUUAAGUCUUAGACACUUGAUUCUGACUGAGUUAUAAAUACAAAACCAGUCCAUCAGUACCUAUUAUCAUUAUUAUAAAUACAAGAAUAUAACGUACAGAAAAAAGUGCAUUUUUGAUUUAUUUUUACCUGUACAAUAUAUAAUAUUUCAAAAACUGUAGUUAUAGUGACAUAUUGAUAUUGGUUUAAUGGAGUACAUUUAGAUUUAAAUUAUUACUUAAAUGGCAUAUCUAUUUGUUUCAAUGGAAGUCGAUCAAAAGUAGAAAUUACAGCUUAAUAUAUUACCAAGCCAGUCUAAAUCAGCAUUCAAAAAUUAUUUUUUAAGUUUCUCACUUUGAAAGAGGAUAGAUUUGACAAAUAUAUGACAAGUAUAAGUUUGGGUGAGGGGGUUCCUAGCACAAGUUACUGAAAUAAGAUGUGUUAGUUUUACAAGAGAUGUACAUUGAGGGGUAUUAGACACUUAGCCCACUUGAUAGCUGUAUCUUUACAUCUCUUGUCAACCUGAUUACCCUUCACAUACAUCUCUUGUUUAAUUGACUUCAGAAGAGAGGUGCAUUGAUUUGACUUGUAUGCUUUAAUCUGACAGAGGAGUCACCAGCUAUAUUUAUAUAACUGUUUUAUAUAUAUAUAUAUAUUGUUUACAUAACUUAUGCAUUUAAUGAGAGAAUGAUGUUGAAACUGUAUAACUGAGGAAAUCUCUGUAAAUAAAUGUCUAUCAUUAUUACCAAUAUUAUUUGUUGUAGUGCCAAAACUCCUGGGGAGAUGACAUUCACUAACCAUAUAGUUGCCUUAUUUAAUUGAUGUUUAGAAUGUGGACAUUGCUUCAAGAUAUAAAAUAUAUGUAAUCAAAUAA